UGUGGACAACAGACCGAAAAUAGAAAUUUGACAGAUGCCUGUGCCGCCGCCGCCUCCUCCUCCUCUCCCACCCCCUUUUUCUGGAGGACCACCACCUCCACCUCCUCCACCUCCUCCUCCACCUUCUUCUGGAGGUCCUCCACCGCUAACUUCCCCUACUUCUUUUUCAUCAUCAUCUGGAGAUCAUCCUCCACCACCACCACCACCACCUUCAUUUCCUCUGGCAAACACAGAACCACCCAAAGUGAAAAAGGAGGAAUCCAAAAGUCGAAGUGCUUUGUUACAUGAGAUCCAAAGAGGGACUCGGUUGAGGAGAGUAUCCCAGAUCAAUGAUCGCAGUGCUCCACAGAUUGACACUGGCAGAAGAAGGCCCAGCAGAGAUGGAGGAAGCUCUGGAAAUUGUAGCAGUGAUAUCCCUCAGGCCUUAGGGAAUCUUUUUGCAGAUGGAUUCCCUGUUCUGAGACCAGUUGGCCAAAGAGACUUAGCAGCUAAUAGGAUUGGGAAGCCACCUACUGUGAAAACGUCUCCUCCCCCGAAGGCUCCAGCCCCAGGCAACAAUAAUGGGAAAGCCAGUGGCAACUUUCAGAUCUCCCCAGGUGGCCCUAAGCAAACAGAUCAGUCAGAAGCAUCCAAGGUCCAGCGAGCUGUGCCAGCUCGUCCCAGCAUCCCUGCUCCUCCUGCUCCUGCUCCAGUUCCAUCUCUUGCUCCUCCUCCUCCUCCUCCUCCUCCUCCUCCUCCUCCACCAUCACCACUACCACCACCAUCAUUACCAUCUCCCUCUGGCAAACCCUCACUUACCUUUCCUCCUCCUCCUCCUCCUCUACCGCCACCACCACCACCAUUACCAUCUCCCUCUGGAAAACCUUCACUUAUCUUUCCUCCUCCUCCCCCUGUACCACCUCCUCUGUCUGAACAUCCUGACAAGCUCCCUUCCCCAGACAUGGCUGCUGCUGCUUCCUCUCAGAAUGACAGAACUCCUAAAAGUAACCCCUCCCCAUUGCACAUGCCACCUCCUCCACCACUACCCUUGGCUCCAUCAUCCCCCUGUGCACUUCCAGGCAAAGUGAAUGAAUGUCCCAGCCCAUCCUCCUCCCAGCUUGAUCUAAGAAUUAAUCCUCCCCCCAUGCCACCACCCCCACCUCCUCCUCUCCCAGGACCUUCUAUGUCUACCUUUUCUUCACCGAGAACAUCAAUGUUUUCACCGCCAUCACCAACCUAUAGCAGUGCUUUGGACAGCAGCAGUGAUUCUGCCCCCCUACUGCCCCUCAAGAGCCAGUUGCAGAAGCUCCCCAUUCAGUCAAUGCCUCUUCCCCCAACCCCCCCAACCCCCCAGCAAGCUCCUGCAAUGCAUAAAAGGAGACAAGGAAGAGGAGGAGCAAAGUUGAUGCCACCGCCUCUUCCCCCUGCAAGGUCUCCAACAACUGAGCUCACAAGCAAAUGCCAAUACACACAAGUAUCUCCGUGCCUGGUUUCCCAUGACCUCUACCCAGCACUUAAGAAUGGAGCUGUCCACAUUAUGGAUGACUUUGAAUCUAAAUUUACUUUCCAUUCCGUGGAAGAAUUUCCUCCACCUGAUGAGUUCAAGCCUUGUCAGAAAAUUUAUCCUAGCCAGGAAACGAAAGAUAAUACCAACAACCCACCCUUACGAACACGAGUGAGAUGAGAAGAUCCACAAUUCAAGGCUAUUCCAAAAAAUAAAGAGUUCAACAAUUGUAUUAUAAAAUGAAGAACAUACUUUUGAUGGUCAUGUGAUACGUGCAGGCACAUAAGAUAUGACACUUAAGAGGCUGCUGAACAUUGGAUCCAGAUGGGCAGAAUGACAGCGUAUGAUCAAUUACAAAAAAGUUGCCACACAUUGUAUUUCAAUUUCAGCUGCUUUAAAGUUGGCCUGAAUUUUAUUUUUAAAUGCUAUGAAGUAUUCUAGUUCACGUAACCAUUCAUUUUUAUAUGGCAUAUUCUAGUUAGGGGAAAUUGUUUGCCCUGUGCUGUAUGCAGUUCAGUUGCCCGUGGAGUUUCUGCUCGUACUGUUUUAACUAAUUUAUGACUUCCAAACUUGAUUGAUUGCAUCUACGUUCUGUACAUGGUAACUUUUUAAUAUAUAAAUUCCUGGCAAGUCUUUUCUUUUGUUUCCUCUGACGUGGCUUUUCAGCGGUGCAGAUGUAUAGAUUUUCAAAAGAAGGUGGCAUACAGGCACAGAUACACUCUUUGAGUAUGAAGAAUGCAGGCAAAACUUUCUCCGUUAGCUUCUCCUAAGGCCCAUCUGCCUAAGGAUAUAAAAUGUCCUUAGCAAACCUUCUGUGUGAAAAGGCUGGCCCAUCUGAGGCCUCGGCCCAUCAGAAGCAUUAAAAAUGACAGUGCGCAAAACCAGAAAAAGAUCCGCUAAAACACAAGAUUUACUUUGAAUAUUUUAAAAAUAAAAAGCAACUUCCUAUAUUUGAGCCCACUCCCUGUUUUUGAAUAUGAGGCCAAGACAUGGCUGCACCACCACCAUCACCACUUGUCUCUACAGAGCAGAGUGGAAUAUUUUUUUUCCUCUCUCUCUCUCUGCUUUAGUCCCCAAGUCCAAUAAAUGCAUCCUUCCUCUGAAUUAGGCAGUGGAUGCAGCCUGCCAGUGAAAGAGCUCUUGAACUGGAGCAUGGAGAAAAGGAACAUAUCUUGUUUAGGAAGCAUCUGAAGUCUUUAGCUGCUAUACAAUUGCGCCCUCGAUAAGGCACCAUAUAUAUUUAUGUACAACUGGAAGCAAGAUAGGGCUCCCCAAAGGAAAAUUUAAAGACCAAACUAAUGGAGAUAUGGCAGACACAGAUCUCUAUCUUGCGCAAUUUUGCUUUACGUGAAAAGCAGCAAUGGUGGGAGGGCAUUUUUGAACAGUAAAGACAGUGGGUUUCCUAUUACCUUUGAGUUACAGCUUAACAUGCUUGCAAAGCUAGCCAUCAUAGCCCCCGCUUUGACAGUGUCUUCUGGCUGUUUUUCAUUCAGAUAAAAUGCACUAGGCAGCCUUUAUUCAUGUGGAUGUUGCAGUACAAUACACAGCAUCCAGAUCGGUUUGAGAGUAACUGCUCCUCAGAACAGAAGUUGCCUUAUUUAAGAAAGAACGGGAAACCCAGGCUGCAUUUGCACUUCUACCUUGCUCUUGCAAGUAGAGCCACAGGACUGCAGUAGCGGCUUCAGCUAGCUUUGUACGUACAUUUUCAGCAGUAGCUCUUGGGGCGCUUAAUGUGGUAACAACUAGAAGCUAUCUGCACAAGGUGUUAUAGCUAAGCAACUCCCCCUAUUGGAUGAGAGCUGUUGACUUUUGCUUUUGCGAUAAGCAGCAAGAUUUUGGAGCUCCAGAACUUAUUUCUGGGAUAAAGAAAGGGAAAAAAAUUAAUGUGAGAAUUGUCUGCACCCAGGAAAAUGAAAAAAAUAUCAUUUGCUCAGACCUUACAUUUAAAAACAAGACACGAAGAAAUGGUGUCUAGUUAAUGAUGGCGCAAUUACAAAUGACAUGGAGUAACCAUCCUUUUUCUUCUGCACUGAGGCUGUAAAUAUGAGAAUUAUUGAAACGUUUUAAAAAAUUCAGACUGCAUCUUAAAUUGACUUAAGAUGAACAGGGGAGAAAGAAGAAAGGGGGUGAUUUCCCAUUGAAUAAGCCUAUGACUAUGACAUUAUAUGUGACUCAGUAACUUCCAGAAGGUAACUAAUUUUACAUUAAUUUUUCCUCACAAUUUUAUUCCUUGCUGUAAAACAGACGAAAACAGCUCCAAUACAAUUCAGGAAAUAAUAUUAAAGUAUUCAACCCUUAGGAAUUCUUUCUGUGCAGAAACAAUUUAUUAAUUUGGUCAAUCAUAAUUGUCUAAUACAUAUAUCCCAAAUGACUUCAAACUCCUCAUUGCGCUUCCUACAAGAAACACCUAAAGAUUUACAAAUUCUGCUUCAAUCAGAUGUUACACAUUCCAACACAUCCUCAGGGAGAGAAAGUGGUCAAAUUUUGUAGCAUACCUGGAACAUUUGGGUUUUCGCAGAAAAGUGUCCACCAACCAGUGCGUUUACAUUAUGGAUGAUUUUUUUACCAUUUUCUCAAAAUGUCAGUUGCCUUUUGAUGCCAUUAUUUGAAACUGGAGAUUUCAAACCCUAAAAUAGUAGCUAUUUGCUUUACAAACUGUCCAUAUAAGAUAAGUUGUUUAAAUGAAGAAGGUCUGUAUGUGCUCCAUAAUGACAAGAUGUAUUGAAACAACUAGAAAAAUGUUUGCCCCUGAAAAUUAAUUCCUUGUACAAGUGGAAAAAAUACUUUCUUUAGCUUGAUCUUUCAAACUAUUAUUUACCUCACCAACUGUGUGUCAUUCCUGGCAUUAUUUUAUGAUGUCCCUGGUUAAGAACAAUGUAAGCAUUUGUAAUCACGAUAGUUCACUUGAUAGUUGGAAAUAUCUGUUGGAAUCUGGACUUUCUGAAUUACAGGAUGAGCACCAUAGUUUUGAGAUUAGAAUCUGAUCACCUUUC